GUCCUGCAACCUAAGCCAAGCUUAUAAAUCCAUGGCGGAAAUCAGGAAAAACUCCAUAGCCAAAACUUGACAAGCUUUACAUAGUAGCAUAAACAGAACAAUCCAUCUAAUACAGAAGAAGCAAGGCAAUCAUGAGUUGUUCGUUCACAGAGGAGCAAGAAGCUCUGGUGGUGAAGUCAUGGAGUGUGAUGAAGAAGAAUGCUGCUGAUCUUGCCCUCAAAUUCUUCCUCAAGAUAUUUGAGAUAGCACCAUCUGCAAAGAAGUUGUUCCCAUUCCUGAGAGACUCGGAUCUUCCCGUUGAGAAGAACCCUAAGCUCAAGCCUCAUGCCAUGGCUGUCUUCCUCAUGACAUGUGAGUCAGCCGUGCAGCUGAGGAAAUCUGGCAAAGUGACAGUUAGAGAAUCCAGCUUGAAAAAAUUGGGCGCCACGCAUUCCAAAUACGGCGUCGUUGAUGAGCAUUUUGAGGUGACGAAGUUUGCCCUAUUGGAGACCAUAAAAGAAGCGGUGGGAGAAAUGUGGUCACCAGAAAUGAAAGGAGCUUGGGGAGAAGCUUAUGACCAACUGGUUGCUGCUAUCAAAACUGAAAUGAAGCCAUCUUCUUCUUCUUCUUAGACACCCCAAUCAAAUUCCAGCAACCCAAUGUUGAAUGUUCUCCAGUCAGAUUAUUACCAUGUAUCAAAAUAAUCAGAUUGUAAGUUGUCGGAAGCAAUUUGGAAAAGGAAAUGGAACCAUCGUUAACAUCAGGGUACCUUAAUUUUGUUAUGUAUAUAUUGCCUCGAAUGCAU